AUUCCGAAAAAGUGGAAGUCGCCGAGUAAUAAUUUCCUUCUAUGCGUCUUCUUCUUCUUCUUCUUCUUCGCAGAGGAAAAAAGAGUUCACAGGUCUGCCACAAAAACCCUAAUCCCCAAAUUCACGCCAUCAAUUAUCUGCCAUCUUCAUUUAUAACACUAAUUCGCCAGAUCUCGAACUCCUUUAACGCACAAUCGUCCAUUGAUCAGUCACCGAUUGAUCACCUCCUGUGAUGAUCACAUCAGUUUACUGAAUUACCAAUCAUGGAUUUUGAUGGGAAUAAGAGUGUGUAUCAGAGGCUCGGACCUUCAACUUCGAGCGACAGCAAGUACCAGAAGGUUUGCAUUCAUUGGCGAGCGGGCAAAUGCAAUCGUUACCCAUGUCCGUUCUUGCACAGGGAAUUACCGCUUCCACAGCAACCUCCUAGAAACGGAACGGCGUCUUCCAAGCGACCCCAUGGAUUCGCUGGUGAUCAGGACAUGCCCCGCCGUAAUCCCAAUUUCAGUAAUUCUUCGAGCUGGGGACGGGCUUAUGGCGGUGGCGGUCGGGUUGUUAGAAAGACGGAAAAAGUUUGUAACUACUGGAUUCAGGGGAAUUGUAGUUAUGGGGAUAAAUGUAGAUUCUUGCAUACAUGGUCUACGGGCGACUCUUUUUCACUGUUGACCCAGCUCAAGGGACACCAGAAGGUUGUUACUGGGAUAGCCAUGCCAUCAGGGUCUGAUAAGCUCUACACAGGGAGUAAGGAUGAGACUGUGAGGGUCUGGGACUGUCAAUCUGGGCAGUGUGCAGGGAUAAUAAAUGUGGGUGGUGAAGUAGGUUGUAUGCUUAGUGAAGGCCCAUGGGUUUUUGUUGGUCUUCCAAACAUUGUCAAGGCAUGGAACAUACAAACUGUUAUUGAUCUGAGUCUUAGUGGACCUGUUGGACAAGUGUAUGCCCUGGCUGUUGGAAAUGAUUUGCUUUUUGCGGGUACACAGGAUGGGACUAUAUUGGCAUGGAGAUUUAAUGCUGUUACUAACUGCUUUGAACCAGCUGCAGAACUUAAGGGUCACACUCUAUCUGUUGUCACAUUAGUUGUUGGAGCUGGUAGGCUAUACUCUGGUUCCAUGGAUAAUUCUAUAAGAGUGUGGAACCUUGAAACUCUGCAGUGUUUACAGACACUUUCAGAGCAUACUUCGGUUGUGAUGUCUGUUCUUUGUUGGGACCAGUUCCUUUUAUCAUGUUCCUUGGACAAAACAAUAAAGGUCUGGGUUGCCACUGACAGUGGAAACCUGGAAGUAACAUACACUCACAAUGAAGAACAUGGAUUGCUCACCCUUUGUGGCAUGCACGAUUCUGAAGCCAAGCCCGUGUUAUUCUGCUCUUGCAACGACAACUCUGUUCGCAUCUACGACUUGCCAACUUUUUCAGAGAGGGGUAAGCUAUUUGCAGAGCAGGAGAUUCGGUCGAUACAGAUGGGUCCAGGUGGUCUGUUUUUUACUGGUGAUGGAACAGGUCAAGUGAGAGUAUGGAAGUGGUUGGCCGAACCAGCCGCGGCCGCCUCUUGAUGAAUAAAUUUUUAAUCUUGUUACAAUGUGUAAGUGUCUCUGUAAAAGAAAUUAUAAGACGAGAGAUCUAAACAAUUUUGAGUCAUUAGUUGUAUCUUUUAGUUGAUUAGAAGAACCAAUUGCUUUUUUAGCAAAAUGCUAGUGGUUUACCGGCACAAUAUGCUGUUUUUUCCCCUUUAUUUUGGUCUUUUGUAUUGUUUAGGAAGAUACCUGCAUGAAUGUCUCUGUUUUUUGUUGGCAUAAAAGCUGUAGGUGGCAACCUUAUAAUUCUAUAUGAUCUUGCUUUCCGAAGUCAGUUCAUUCAUCAUUGUAAUAUAGGAAGUCUUUUUGUGCA